AAACAAAAUGGGUGGCGCCAAAGCUUGACAACAAAGCGGCGGCUGCUGCUGCUGCUGCAACGGACAGCAAACAAACCUCAGCGGAGUUUAGUGAAUUUAAGGAGAUAAACUGCGCCGAAACGCGGAGAAGUUAAGUUGAAUGAGAUUUAAACCGAAGCGCCGGAAGUUUCCAGAACAGACGCGGACAUGGCCUCGAAGACGGACCAACUGCUCAUCGUCGUGUCGAUCCUGGAAGGGCGUCAUUUCCCGAAGAGCCAGCGCCACAGUCUGGUGGUGGAGGCUCGCUUCGACGGCGAGCAGCUGGCGACGGACCCGGUGGAUCACAGAGAGCAGCCUCAGUUCAGCACGGAGCUGGCCUGGGAGCUGGACCGCAGGACGCUGCACCAGCACAGGCUGCAGAGGACUCCCAUCAAGCUUCAGUGUUUUGCUGUGGACUCUGUCAGUAAGAGCAGAGAGUGUGUGGGAUACAUCGUCCUGGACCUGAGGUCCGCACAGGAACUCAAACAGGAGCCUCGCUGGUACCCGCUUCUGAGCAGUAAAUACACCAAGCAGCGUCCGGCCCUCCUGCUCGGCCUGGUGCUGGAGAGCGACUCCAAGCCGUCCGAGCCGUCUCCUGAUAGGUUCAGAGCCAAGAAAGCCCCGCCCCGCCAAGGCUCUCCGGCGCUGGCCGAGCUGCUUCCAGAGAAGCUGGAGGCGGUGCUGGUCCAGGAUCAGGGUUACCAUCAGGUCGGACCUCCUGAUCACUGCACCGACAUGUUCAUCCUGUCUGUCACUGUGGCGUUUGCCACCAAACUGGAGCAGUUGGUCCCCACCACCGUGAAGCUGUCUGCCGAGGGGUCAGACUUCUUCUUCUACUACUCUUUACUGGGGAACGACAUCACCAGCGAGCCUUUCCACAACCUGCUGAGCCCCGCCUUCGAGCCGGAGCGCGCCUCUGUACGCAUCCGCAGCAGCAAGCAGAUCCUCCAGACCUUCCUGUCACAGCAGCCCAGUUUACAGGUGCACCUCUGCUGUGGAAAUCGCUCUCUUGGAAGUACAGAUGUUUCCUUGUCGGCUCUGUGUGCGGGCUGCCUCGAGCUGGAGAGCAAGGCAGCGACAGUGGAGGGAGCGUUUGUACUCCAACCUCCCAGACGAGUCAAACAGAAGCUGCCGGCUCUGCCUGCCGACCUGCAGCCCACACUGGGCGUGUCUGUCAGCCUGAGGAGGGAGGACGCUCAGCUGUCAGGGAACAACGAAGGAGCAGUCGGACCUGAGAUCUCCUCUCUUGGUCCAUCCCUGCUCCCUCCCUCAGCUCCUCCUGCAGGACAGAGGCCUCGCACCCCGUCUCCGGUCCCACAGCCCCCUAACGCUCCCUCCUCCUCUGCUCCUGCGCCUCCUGCUGGGCUUCAGCCUCCUCCUCCUCUUCCUCCUGCUUCCUCCCACACAGAGAGCGACGCAGAGAGUCUGCAGGAGGAGCAGCAGCGAGGCAGAGAAUCGGCCAGACCGGCAGCUGCAGGGAGUGAUCCUGCCGUGCAGCCGCAGGGCCGGUCGGAGGCAGCGGCUUCCUCUGUCAGUGUUUCUGCUCCAAAGGUUUCCAUCCCCGCCUCAACUCAUCACUUCUGCUUCUCCCUGGACCUGCGCAGCCUGGGAAGCCUCAGCCUGACACACCCUGUCGCCGCCACGCUCAGGUAUUCGUACCACUUCUUCGGCAGCGCGGCUCCCAUCAUGACGAACCCUCCCGUGGAGCUGCAGAGGAACAUGCAGGUGUUUCUGCCUCAGUCCUACUGCGCCUUCCACUUCGCCGCCCUGCCGCAGCAACUGCAGGAUACGUUCCACAGGGUGCCUCUGGUGGUGGAGAUGUGGCACAGAGACUCCAACAGCAGAGACCAGCUGGUGGGAACAGCCUCCAUCCAGCUGUCUGACCUGCUGAGAGCCGACAAGACCAGGUCCCUGGGGUCGGCUGGAGAGCUGGGCUGGAGACAGACUCACCAGGACAGGAUACCUGUGCUCACAACACACAGUGAGAAGGUGGCAGAGCUGUACUGUGUAAUGACACUAGAGGACCUGGGAUUGGUUAAAGCCAAAGAGAUCAUCGUCUCUGACUCUUCACAGGAUGGAGCAGAGCGGCCACCCGGCUCCGGGACAUGGAGCGUCCCCUGUCCCCCCGGCCUCCAGACCCCGGCCCCCACCCUGCCUCCCGCCCCGCUGCCCUCCGCCCCGUCCAGAGACACCCUGGAGUAUCGCACCGCCCUGGAGCUGGAGCUGUGGAAGGAGGAGCAGGAAGAUCUAUUCGACAACCAGCUGAGGAAGAAGGAGCAGAGCCACAUGCAGGCGCUGGCAGAGGAGUGGAGCAGGAGAGACCGAGAGAGAGAAGCUCUGGUGAAGAAAAAGGAGGCGGAGUACAGUCUGUUGGAGGAGCAGCUGCAGAAAACCUUGUCUGAUCUGGAGAAGAGAGAGAAGCAGCUGGCUCAGGCAGAGAUGGAGACGGCGAGGCUGCAGAAGGAGCUGCGGCUCGGACACGAGCUGACGCAGAAGGAGCUGCAGGAGAGCAGCAGGAGGCUGCAGCUGGACUGUGACCACCGGGUGGCGCUGGAGAGAGAUAAAGUCCAACUGAUGGAGGAGGAGAGAGCCAGGCUGCUGCAGCAGAUUGCAGACGGUGAGUUGAAGUAUAAGCAGCUUGAAAAAGAGUUCCAGCUGUUUAGGGAGCAGCAGAACAUCAGACCUGAGAUCAGACUGCAGUCAGAGAUCAACCUGCUCAGCCUGGAGAAGGUGGAACUGGAGCGGAAGCUGGAGUCCACCACCAAGUCCAAACUGCACUACAAGCAGCAGUGGGGUCGAGCCUUGAGAGAGCUGGCCAGGUUCAAACAGCGGGAGCAGGAGAACGCCAUGAGUCGUCUGAAGAAGCAGCAGGCGGAGCUCGAGGCCAUGAGGCUGCGUUACCUAGCAACCGAGGAGAAGGAGGCGGUCCGAACGGAGCGACAGGAACUGGACGAGAUCAGGAACGAACUCAACAGGCUGAAACAGCAGGAUGACAGCAGAGUCGGCCCCGCCUCCUCCCUCUUUGGCCCCGCCCCCGCCGCUAACGAGAGCGCCGACGAGCACCUGAGUCGCCUGUUGGAGGAGAGAGACACUCUGCUGCGGACCGGAGUUUACACCCACGACGACCGCAUCAUCUCCGAGCUGAACCGACAGAUCCAGCAGGCCAUGACCGAGAGGGGAAACGUCUGAAGCCCAAAACACAUCCACCGAGCCGCGGAUUUUACACCAAACUUUUAAAAAUGCUACCAAAAAAAAAAAAAAAAAAUCAAAUCUGCUGCAAGUUAGGUGCCUUUCCAUCAGCUGGAUCGAAGUGAGUAGAUCCUGAACGUCAGACAGACUCUGACAGCAGAUCGCUGCUGAGGAAGUUCUUCUUCUUUAGUGUCAUGUGAUGCUGCUUUAACGUCACAUUUUCACCCCAAGACAAAAUAAAAAAUUCUCCUGGAAAUAUUCUAAUGUCCCCGGUAACAGCCAAACAGCCAUGACUGAGACUUUUCUUACACUCACCACUCCACCGCCAGAAAGUUUUCAAAAAAAAAAAAUAUCAGUCUGACAGUCAGCAGUUUAUUAAAUCAGCAGGUUUUAUUUUAUUUUCCAGUUUAGAGGGACAUUUUGUAUUUUUGUCCAUCAGUUUUGACGUUAUCACUCUGACAUGCUGCAGAGGUAAGUCCUGGAAAACUGUCUUAAAUGAUAAAAAGUCUCCUCAGUACGGUUAAAAGUUCCAUUUUAACCUUAAAUUCAGCCGGACAGUUUUGUAAAUGUUCCAGCAUGAUUUUUUUUUGGUUGACAACGUCGCCCUUUAACAGCGACACACAGGAUGUUCUGAUGUUUUAUUUGAUCUGCCGCAUCACUUUAACAUUUACAGCAAUAAUUCACAGCAGCAUUAAUAGCGUCUGAUUGAACUUAAAAGCCUUUCAGCUGUGGAAAACCACUCAUUUACACAAACUGAAGAGAAGAUUGUGUGAAUAUUUUUUGAAGUUUUUAAAUUCUUCUUCACAUAAAUCUUCACACGCUGCUCACAGCUGAUGGUGGACCAGCCCAGCAGGAAACUGGAGGUUGUUUUUUUUUUAAUGUACCAGGACUCAGAUGAUGACUUCAGCUCACAGUAACAAGAGUGAGAGGAGCAUCGAGUUUUUUUUUUUUCUUCUCACUGAACACAUUGAGAGUUCAGAGCAACAGGAGUGCAGAGCAGGUUUUCAGAAACGUGGCCCGACUUUGAUCGACCGCUCUACGAUACACACACACAUUAAAAAGGCACUAAAUAGAUCAGAAGAGAUUUUAAUUCAUUUGUAGAUCUUGUUUUUGUCUUUAAAAAAAAAAAAAAAGGCCAUCCUGCGCCCUCCCAGUUGUCGUGUGCAGCACCUCAGCGUGUCUGCAUCCUCAGCUGGACUGAAACAGCUGCAGUCGCUCCCGACCCCGUGGGUGAAUUUGUGAAUUUUGGUGAACCAGUCAGAUUCUUCUCCAGUCAGAUUGACCGAGCCAGUUCUCCUGCUGGGACAC